AUGUCCAAAAUCGCAUCUACCUUCUCGCGCCUGGUGCGCUUUGUCCCCAAGUCGAACCCCACCAAGGUUCUAAUCGGAGAACCCGUCGAUCCCAAGUUAGAUGUCGGAUUGGCUCUCUACCAGGGCAAGGAGGUUGCGGUGCACCCCUUCUCCGGCACUUCAGUACUGAGCCCUGGCCAAGUGACUGAGACGACGGAGACCAUCGGGCGCAUUCUGUCCCCAUUGGCGCAAAGCGAGGUUGGAACUAUUCGCUGCAUUGGAUUAAACUAUGCCUCCCACGCUAAGGAGAUGGCUCUCCCGAUCCCCGAAGUCCCGACACUGUUCAUGAAGCCGGCCAGCUCUCUGGCGGAUCCUUGGCCUGCACCAACAGUUCUGCCUAAGAUUACGCAGCAAGAUAACACCGGAGACUACGAGUCCGAGAUGGUUAUUGUCAUUGGCCGUGAUGCUAAGGAUGUGUCUGAGUCCGAGGCCCUAGACUACGUUCUUGGCUAUACAGCUGCGAACGAUGUUUCCAGCCGUACUUCCCAGAUGAAUCAGAGCCAGUGGUCUUUUUCAAAGGGCUUUGAUGGCGCAUGCCCAAUUGGCCCCGUCCUCGUUUCCGCUACUCUCAUCCCCGAUGCUAGCAAGCUCCAGAUUCGUGGUCUUAAGAAUGGCAGUGUUAUGCAGAACUGCCCAUUGACUGACCUGAUAUUCAGCGUCCCCCAGCUGAUCAGCUUCCUCUCCCAAGGCACCACCCUGCCUGCCGGUACAAUUAUCUUAACUGGCACCCCGCCCGGCGUCGGCGCAGCUAAGGUCCCGAAGCAAUUUAUUAAGGCUGGCGACGAGUUCUCCGUUGAGCUGCUGCCCCAUGUUGGCACACUCAUCAACAAGAUCGAGCACCAGUAA